UUGGCGUAGUAACCAUGGCAACAGACUGCGAGGGGAGCGCGCCCGGCUCCCGGACCCAGACAGCUGUCGGGGAGGAAGGUGAAUGCAUCAAACCUUUCACGCCAGAGAAAGCAAAAGAAAUUAUAAUGUCUUUACAGCAGCCUGCCGUCUUCUGUAACAUGGUUUCUGAUUGGCCCGCACAACACUGGACUGCAGAACACCUUUCGAAGGUCCUGCAGGGCAAGCAGAUCCGAUUCAGAAUGGGUCUGAGAAGCAUAGAUACAGUCCCUCAGUUUGAAACGGCAUGCAGUUACGUGGAUGCUUCCCUUGAGGAGUUUCUGGCCUGGAACUGUGAGCAGUCUAGUGUCCCUGGACCAUUUGAAGAUUAUGAUCAUUCCAAAUUCUGGGCUUAUGCUGACUAUAAAUAUUUUGUCAAUCUGUUUGAAGACAAGGCAGAUGUUUUCCGGGAGGUGAUGUGGUCUGACUUUGGGUUUCCUGGAAGAAAUGGACAGGAAAGUACACUGUGGAUCGGCUCCCUGGGAGCCCAUACUCCCUGUCAUCUGGACUCCUAUGGUUGCAACUUAGUAUUCCAGGUACAAGGAAGGAAAAGAUGGCAUCUCUUUCCUCCAGAAGAUAUGCCUUUCCUUUAUCCAACCAGAAUCCCUUACGAAGAGUCUAGUGUAUUCAGUAAAAUCAAUGUCGUCAACCCUGAUUUAAAGCGUUUCCCUCGGUUCCAGAAAGCUCGAAGACAUACGGUCACGCUGAACCCAGGACAGGUUCUGUUUGUCCCCAGACACUGGUGGCAUUAUGUGGAAUCCAUUGAUCCUGUCACUGUCAGUAUAAACUCCUGGAUUGAGCUGGAAGAGGACCACCUAGCCCGGGUGGAAGAGGCUAUCACUCGCAUGCUUGUGUGUGCCCUGAAGACUGCAGAAGACCCACACCACCCCAGAGCCUGGCUGAACCCCACUGAGGUUGAAGACACAUCUCAUGAAGUCAAUUGCUGCUACUUGAAUGAUGCUGUUUGUGCUUUUUUUGAUCGUUGUGGAAAAGCUAAAGUAGAGACGCAAGCACUGCGAGGGAACGGGGAGAACUGGAGGAAGGAAGAGCCAAGUGUGAAGGAUCACAUGGAUGUGGGACAGGCACACAGCCGGAGCUUCAUGGCGAGGACCCGGAAACGGGAGCUCGCUAGUCAGUUCGGCCCAGACCUGGUUCCUGUGACACCAGCAUCGGACGAUCGGCCUUCGGGAGAGGGAGGCGCACUGGGAAGUGACAGCAGAGAAUGCAUCGACAGAGACAAAGGACACUUUGCAGAACUGUCCUGUGCUGGCAGGCGACAGACUAGUGUAGGGGCAAGUGCAGCGGCGGAGCAGGUCACCUCAAGGUGUCCUGUGGCACCUUCUAGAACGUUUGUGUCCACAGAUGACUUGCUGGACUGCUUGGUGAAUCCACAAGUAACCAGGAUGGUGGCCCAGCUUUUGAUACAAGGAAAAAGUUUAUGAUUCUAACAGAUUGUUUUAAAUAAAAUUUUAAAAUAUGUU